GCCUUAUCUUGGAGUAACAUCGUCAUUGAAUCUCGCUUAAAAAUCAUCGUAUUACCAGCAUGUAUUCUAUUGUAUUAAGCUGUAUCCUCGGAUUUCUGAUACUUGAAUCGCAGCAUGGAGUCCAAUCUUGGUCGUUAAACAAUUUCCUUAUGACAGGACCAAAGGCAUAUUUGACGUUUUCCCAGAGUGUUGCCGCCGGUGCGAUGCAUGGAAUGGAAGAGUGUCGUCAUCAGUUUCUGUGGGAUCGUUGGAAUUGUCCAGAGAGUUCAUUGCCUAUGUUUACCCAGAAUGCACUGGAACGCGCGAACAGAGAGACAUCGUUUGUGCACGCUAUUAGCUCUGCCGGCGUCAUGUACACGCUGACGAGAAACUGUAGCCUCGGUGAUUUCGAUAAGUGCGGCUGUGACGACACCAAAAAGGGCGAUCAAGGCGGCGAAGGUUGGAAAUGGGGCGGCUGCAGCGAUAACGUAAACUUUGGCGAAAGAGUGUCUAAAAUGUUCGUUGACGCAUUAGUGACGGGUAAAGAUGCAUGGGCUGUUAUGAACCUUCACAACAACGAAGCUGGUCGAAAGGCUGUGCGCCAGACUCUGAAACGUACGUGCAAGUGUCAUGGUGUAUCAGGAAGCUGCACGACGCAAACCUGUUGGAAACAGUUAUCGGAGUUUCGAGUGAUUGGCGAUUUUCUGAAGCGGAAAUACGGAAACGGUCUCCUCGUCGAUUACGUGCGUGGUGGAUUAGAAAAGGCCAACAGCGCCAGUGAACAGGCUCUCUCACCUCUCAGUAAAAAAGACCUGGUCUACCUGGAGGCUUCGCCCGACUACUGCCGUGUCAACGUUUCUGCCGGUAGUAUGGGUACCGUCGGAAGAGAGUGCGUCCGUGGUACCAAGAAAAGCAAAGACGAACAAGGGAAAUGGGAAAAACAGAGCUGUAAGAGGUUGUGCUCUACCUGCGGUUUGAAAGUUAAGAAGACCAAAGUCAUAGAGAAGUCGAGCUGUAACUGCAAGUUUCACUGGUGUUGCUCCGUGAAAUGCGACGAAUGUCAACAAGAGGUCACCAAGCUUACGUGCCAGACUUAAGGACUAGCAGCGUAUAUCUGUUGCUAAUGUAACUCUACCUACUCCGUUACCAUGCCAACCAAACGUAUAUGUGUGCCGUGUGCUCAACUAGACAAUGUGACAACAUUCUUGAAUUUAACUCGGAGAUCGAACUCUCAGAACUCUCCAAGGACCAAAUAUCUGGUUAAAAUAUCUCAAGUGUUUUGGAUUUUUGUUGCCAAGAAUUAUAACAUUUUCCGACCUCGUCGACAAACCAUACUGCCUUCAGGUUAUUGAAAUAAAUAACGCAAUUACAAUACAAUUGCAAUUUUAUAUAAAAAAACAAAAAAACAGUCGAACCCACCGUAUUUUUGGAAACGUCUUCUCUUCAUAAUGUUAUUCCUUUAAGAAAGGACGAUAUCGGAUUAUCACAAGAGGGCGUGCUCAACUAGCUCAUUUUAUUCUCAAUUUUGUUGCUUUUUGUACAUAUUAAUCAUGUUAUUUAUUGCAUUGUUGUAUAAUAUUUUAAUAGUUUUCUAUUUCCUGUAAAUCAUUUUGAAUAUACCUAUUAAGUAAAUAAAUAUGACCUAGUUAAUACUGU